AAGUUGUGCACAGCUUCACCAUGAGGUUCCUGUUUGCCACCGUGCUUGCCAUUGCUGUUGGUUGCGUCGUUGUCGACGGAAAGACGUUCACCAAGUGUGAGCUAGCCAAAGUGUUAUCAGCCAAUGGAAUUGCGAAAGCAGCCCUUCCGGACUGGGUAUGUCUGGUUCAACACGAAAGUGCGUUCAGCACCUCGGCGACUAACAAGAAUAAAAACGGAUCCACCGACUACGGACUGUUUCAGAUCAACAAUAAAUAUUGGUGCGAUUCGAGUUAUGGCACAAAUGACUGCAAAAUUGCGUGCAGCAGUUUAUUGAACGACGAUAUUACUGACGACAUCAAGUGCGCGAAGCUGGUACACAAACGACACGGCUUUAAUGCCUGGUACGGUUGGAAGAACAACUGCAAUGGCAAGAAAUUGCCCAGUACUAGCGAGUGCUUCUAGGUGCGGGGCCUCUAUCGGCCUUUAGAAGGCCAUAGAAUACCCCACGUACAUCUUUCAAAAAUAUACAUAGUAUA